UUCUUCUGUAUCUGGAUCACAAGGAGGAAAGGAGACUCAGCGCAGAGAUGAUCAAGCCAACUUUCCUCAUUUUCCUUGUCCUUCUGGCUUGCUGUGUGGCUCUCCUGCCAGAACAAUCUACCUCUGGCCGUGAGCACUGUUUGUGCAAAAGAGGAGGGAUGCUGUCUGUGAACAUGGAACGUGUGGCUAAAUUCGAGUACCACAGACCAACCAGCAGCUGUGUUUAUGAAGAACUGAUAGUGAUCUUUAGAAAUGGCCAAAAACGCUGUCUGAACCUUGAUGGGGACCAAGGCAGGAUAAUUAAACAGAAAAUUAUGGAAAGAAACAAUGCCAGAAAAUGAAGUUCAAACUAAGUUUUGGAGAUGCUGCUUCACAAAUUAUUCUCUUCGUAUAGAUACGUAAUCAGCUUCUGAAAAUUCAUAAUGAAUAAUCCAUAAUCCAUAAUCUGAUUACUGAAUAAACCCAAAUCCUACAUUCCCACAUACUCAAAUGAUAAAUUUACCAAACUGGUUGAUUUACACAAUGCACACAUCUGACACAAAACAAAGCUUUGCCAUUGUAGAAAUGUAGCAUCCAGAUUUGUAUUUGAUCUUGUUCAGUUUACAGUGCUUCUAUUUUUCAACCAAUAUAAAGUCACCAAUUUGACAUGA